AUGAUAAGGCGUCCACCAACAGUUGUUUGUUACAUCUGUGGCCGUGAAUAUGGGACCAAAUCUAUUAGCAUCCAUGAGCCACAAUGUCUGAAAAAGUGGCAUAAUGAGAACAAUCUGUUGCCUAAAGAACUAAGGAGACCAGAACCCAAAAAACCAGAAGUCAGAACCAUUACAGCCAAAGGGUUCUACGAUCUUGACGCCUUAAAUGAAGCUGCUUGGACAAGUGCCCAGAGCCAACUGGUUCCCUGCAACGUUUGUGGGCGCACCUUCCUGCCAGACAGACUAAUUGUUCACCAGCGAUCUUGUAAACCCAAAGCCACCAAGUAA